AUGCCGGGUCUCAUUAAGAAAGCAAUCGAGAGGGAGCGCAGCAAGGAAUCUCAAUGGGAACGUGACGAGGCAAAGCCUGAAGAGUGGGAUAAAAAUAGGGAACGAGAGGUGGAGGCGAAGCCCAAGGAGGGCAGAAGCGACGCUAAAGGUUUUAAAAGCAAAAAAGAAGACGAACGACCAAAUAGGGAAGAAAACAAGAACGAAGAUGAUGAGGAUGAAUAUGAAGUAGCCGAAGAAGUCUAUGUUUGA